UUUUCCUCCAUCAUCACAGCUAAAGCCGCGAGGGGUGGAGCUGCUGUGCACCCGGAGGAAGGUGUAGGUAGUGCGCACUCAAGUGAGGUCGCUCUCAUGUCACUAAUGGCCCCGAGGAGACGGAGAAAGUAAUUUUCAACUGCAGUUCACAAAGAAAGUAGUGAAUAGUUUUACUCAAGAGAAAACACUUCGGAGAAUAUAAGAAACAGAGGCCGCGGGGCUGAUCAUUCACUCUCACAAUGUCUGAUGGGGACUACGAUUACCUCAUCAAAUUCCUGGCUCUGGGUGACUCUGGUGUAGGAAAGACCAGCUUCCUGUACCAAUACACAGAUGGCAAAUUCAACUCCAAGUUCAUCACUACAGUGGGCAUCGACUUUAGAGAAAAACGUGUGGUUUAUAAAUCCGGUGGUCCUGAUGGCUCUUCAGGUAAAGGACAAAAGAUCCACAUGCAGCUGUGGGACACUGCAGGCCAAGAGAGAUUUCGCAGUUUGACUACAGCAUUCUUUCGGGAUGCAAUGGGUUUUCUCCUUCUGUUUGACCUCACAAAUGAACAGAGCUUCUUGAAUGUCAGAAACUGGAUGAGUCAGUUGCAAAUGCAUGCAUACUGUGAAAAUCCAGACAUCGUUUUGUGUGGGAACAAGUGCGACCUCUCCGAUCAGAGGGCGGUCAGUGAAGAAGAGGCCCGAGAGCUGGCUGAGAAAUACGGAAUCCCCUACUUUGAAACCAGUGCUGCCAAUGGUGAAAACGUGAGCCAGGCUGUGGAUGUUCUGUUGGAUCUAAUCAUGAAAAGAAUGGAGCGGUGUGUGGACAAGUCCUGGAUCCCAGAUGGGACGGUUCGAGCAAACGGAAACGCAAACGCAGACCUGUCAGAAACUCAAGAUAAAAACAAGUGUACGUGUUAAACAAAGAACUGCUUCCACCACUGGUUCAUUAGAAAACAGCCAAGUUCAAGAUUUCACCAAGUGUCUUUAUGUACAUUUUACAUAAGAAUGUAUUUGUAUGCUGCAAUGUGUGGCAAUACACAUUCUGUGCCUAUUGAAGGGGGGCAUUUUUAUUACAGGUCAUAUGCAUCAUUUGAAAAGCUUUGUAUUUUUGGGACUGGUGGAUAUUUAUUUCUUGUGAAGGUGUAUACUUUUUCUUUCAUGCCUUAAACAUGGUGCCUAUACUGGAUGCUUUAUUACAAUUAAAAGUGUUUUGUUUUGUUUUUUAAAUCCAACUGCAAAUAUUUUAUUACACAAUAUUUAUACUUCUUAUGUGUCCACUGUUGGGCAUCCUUGUAGACUCUGCUGCGAGUAAUGGUUCUGUGUUUGACUGAACUGCCCUCUAUGCUGUAAUAUAUGCAUUUGUUCAAAAUCUAAGAUAAAUCUCGCCAUGUCUUGCAUUUAGGAAAUGAAAAAUUGUCAACAGCACCCUCUAUCUGCAGCACAGUCCAAUCUGUAUUAAAUUAGAAUUGAAAUUUUAUAAUAAGCCACUCUCUUAUAAACUAAACUAAAUAUUAGAACAUUGUUAAGUACUGGGGGACAUAUGGCUAAAUUAAGACAUAGAAGAAGAAAUCAACAGAGGUAAAAUUAAGGAUUGGAACUCUCUAAGGCUGUAAUGAAUAUGGAUAGAAUGUGAAUAUUUUUAUUGGCUGUAAAUAAGAUCUGUGUGGCUACGAAUAAAUGUAUAAUAUAGUAAUAAAUGUAAUUUAUAUGUUA